UCACAACCACACCACCUUCAUUCUCUCACAAUUCACAAAUCUGAUCACUUCCCAGUUCAAUUCUGCAAUUCUGAACCAACCGAAAAUGCAAGCGGUUUCAGCUCCGGCUUCGUCUCCGAGUUUCGACGCUUACGAAUUCAACAACAUGAAUAUACAAUACUCGCAGCUGUCUGCGAAUUUCGCCGCAACCGUCAAGGUCUCGGAGGAUGACGUUAAAGAGGAGAUAACCGAAAUUGAAGCUCAAAACGAUGUUUGCGCGACGGUGCAUGAGGAGGAGAUAGAGGAAGAAGAAGAGGAGGAGUUUUCGUUCUUCUGCACGAAUCCCGACGGAUCGCCGAUCUCCGCCGACGACGUGUUCCAGGACGGCCAGAUCCGGCCGGUGUAUCCCAUCUUUAACCGAGAUCUCCUCUUCGCCGACGCCUACGACGGCGACUCCUCCCGCCGCGACGACGCUUCUCCGUCUCUGCGGCCGCCGCUGAAGAAGUUCUUCUUCGAGGACCGCGACGCUCCUUCUUCUUCGGCCUCCGAAUCCGACGAGCUCGAAGCCCUGCCGGAGGGAAGCUACUGCGAGUGGUCCAAGAACGCCAAGGAGGUCUCGCCGGAGCUCCGGAACAACAAGAGCAACUCCACCGGGUCCUCCAAGCUCUGGAGGAUCAGAGACUUGGUUCCUCGGAGCAACAGCGACGGCAAGGACGCGUUCGUCUUCCUGAGCCCUAAUUCGGCGGCGAAACUGAAGCAAAAUAAAGACGCCGCCAAGGCGAAGGCGGUGGAGAAAGCUCAGGUGAAGGAUAAGGGGCAAAAGGGUAAAAAGGCCGAAACGGUGUCGUCUGCGCACGAGAGGCAUUAUGUAAUGAACAGAGCGAAGAAGGAAGGGGAAAAACGACGGUCGUAUUUGCCGUACAGGCCGGGUGUGGUUGGAUUCUUCACCAAUGUGAACGUGUUGAGCAAAAAUGUUCAUCCUUUCUGAGUUUCUGGCAACCACCGCGUAGUAGCGAUUAACCAACCGAAUUAUUUUAUUUAUUUAUUUAUUUUUGUUUUGUUAAUUGAUGUAAAUUAUUGAGUUUUAGGACCAUGUAGUUCAUCAUUUCAUUUUUGGAGUUGCCGAAAUAUAUAUAUUAGAUGUGGUGAUUCAUUUCUACUUGAACCAAAA